UGAAACGGUCGAACCGCCCUAUUAAAGAAAAAUGCCGAUCCAAUCCGGUUUAACUGUUUCGGACUUUCUGCAGCUGCGGAGGGUGAUAUCAUCUUCUCUUUCCUUCUAUCCAGAAAUAUUUUUUCUCAUUUCUCACAGCAAAAAAAAAAAAAAAACUUCCCAUUGGUGAUCCUAAAAUGGCCGUCAAAUCUCACAUAAUUACAGGAUUGACCCUCCCUUUGAAACCCAUUACUUCUUCUUCUUCUUCAAGCUCCGGGAGUGGCAGCAGCAGCCUCUGUUUAGUUAAGAAACCACUCACUUCUUCCUUCUUUAAUGGCGGAGUGGCUGCCCUUAAAAUUACAAGCACAAGGACCUUUCCAGGAAGAUCUAAUUGUCAUAGACAAGGUGGAGGUGCUUUUGUUACGCGCAUGAACCUUUUUGAUCGGUUUGCUAGAGUUGUUAAGUCAUAUGCAAAUGCACUAUUAAGUUCAUUUGAAGACCCUGAGAAAAUCUUAGAUCAAGCUGUGCUUGAAAUGAAUGAUGACUUGGUGAAGAUGAGACAGGCCACAGCACAAGUAUUAGCAUCUCAAAAGCGGUUGGAAAAUAAGUACAAAGCUACACAACAGGCUUCUGAAGAUUGGUACCGUAAAGCACAGUUGGCUCUUCAGAAAGGAGAAGAGGAUCUUGCACGUGAAGCCCUCAAGAGGCGUAAAUCUUAUGCAGAUAAUGCUAAUUCAUUGAAAGCUCAACUUGAUCAACAGAAAAGUGUUGUUGAGAAUCUUGUCUCUAACACUCGGCUUUUGGAGAGCAAGAUACAAGAGGCGAAGUCAAAGAAAGACACUUUAAAAGCUCGUGCUCAGUCAGCAAGAACUGCGACAAAAGUAAAUGAGAUGGUGGGAAAUGUCAACACUAGCAGUGCUUUAUCAGCUUUUGAGAAGAUGGAAGAGAAAGUUUUGGCAAUGGAGUCUGAAGCAGAAGCUCUGGGGCAGUUAACCACAGAUGAUCUUGAAGGGAAGUUUGCAUUACUUGAGAGCACAUCGGUUGAUGAUGAUCUUGCAAACUUGAAAAAGGAACUCUCUGGUAGCUCAAAGAAAGGAGAACUUCCACCUGGAAGAACUGUUUCUACCAGCACAAACAAGACAUUUCCAUAUCGAGAUGCUGAGAUCGAGAUGGAGCUUAAUGAAUUGAGGCAAAGGGCGAAGGACUUCUAAGGUUUCUGAUCUGCAAUUCUUAUAUCAAGAAUGAACCUUCUUCGAACGGUCUAACUUGGUAAGCUCAAGUCCAAACUCAAACAACUAUAGCUAUUUUUCGAUAUUUAUGUACAUACUUCUGUAUUACAUUAGAUGAUCAUUGUCAGGUUGCACUCAUAACCUAAUGUGCACCUGUGGCAAUGACCAUGUUUCAGACUAUGUAUUCAAUAGCUUGAUAAUGUACAAUUAGUCUUCCCGGCAA